GUUUCCAUGCUGAGACGGUUCAAGCGCCUGAAACUCCACCAACACAUCGUUGAGUUCAUCGAUUGCUUUCAAACCAGAUAUGGAAAGGCAAUCGUGUUGGAGGUGUUGGAUAUCACCCUAGGCGACUACCUUGGAAAGACAAGUUUUGCGCCGAUGCUUCUGAGUGACAUCAGAAGCAUCAUCCAGCAGAUGGGGACAGCAUUUGAGGCGCUGAAGGGGAUCGGGGUGAUCCAUGCUGACCUGCACCUCCACAACAUUAUGAUGGAGAAUCACCAAACACGACCCUUCAGAGUCAAGCUCAUUGACUUCGGUGUUGCCAUGUCCAGAUCAGAAGCCAGCCAGGGCAAGCGCCUGCAACCGCUAGCAUUCAGGUCUCCAGAAAUCAUGUUGGGCUGUCCAUUUUCUGAGGCCAUUGACAUGUGGUCCCUGGGCUGUCUGAUGUUCAUAAUGAUCUGCGGCAAACUACCGUUCAGUGGACGCUCCGAGUAUGAAAUUCUGCGGAGCAUCGCUGGUCUCAUAGGUCAGCCAGAAGACCUUGUUCUCAGUACUGGUCUCCAGACAAAGAAGUACUUUAACUGGACUGAGUCAAACAGCUGGGAGCUCAAGACAUCUUUUGAGUAUUUCAAAUGUCACCUCAGCAGUGUCAAGCACCACAAGCUCCAGUCUCUGGACGAUCUCAAAAUAAUGCGUCUUGAGGAAAAUAAUGAAGCUGAGGCCGCAGAGCGAGAGCAGUGCAUCGAGCUCCUGAAGGCCAUGCUGAAGACGGGUGAGGAUGAGAGGAUCGCUCCCUGUCAAGUCCUCACUCAUGCAUUUAUCACCAAAGACUACCCAAACAAUGUGGCAGAGAAGUCUGAUACCAGCCAGCGUAAGAUGAUGAGACCAAAGGCGGCAGUCAUGAGUAAAAGACGCCCCGCUUGUCUUACGACAGCGCCCCCUUCCAGUCUUGCUUGUUACAGUCCACCAGCAGGUGUGAUCCUGGUUCGUCCUGCGACGGCUGAUAACACACUGCUGCUGGAGGGUCAGGGGAGCAAAGUCAGUGGCAGGUCUUACAUUGACAAGACCUCAGGAUGUUCAGCUUUCACUUCUCCGUUCUCGAGUGAGGACUGCACUCCAUCUCCCACGUUUCUGCCAUCAGGUGUGAUUCUGGUUCGGCCUGCGACAGCCCAGCGCACGGUGCUGGGAGAUCAGGAGAGUGCAGUCAGAAAACAUGGGGGCAAAGAAGGAGCCAGGGAAGAAGAAGAAUGUCCUCCGACGUGUCUUCUCCUGGUUGAGAAAGACGUUCAGGCCAUGUGUUCCAUCUGUUGAUGGUCCGGCCUGCGACAGCUGAGAACAUGCUGUCGCUGGAAGGCGGGAGGGGGGGCAAAGUCAGUGGCAGGACUUACAUUAACAAGACCUCAGGAAGUUCAGGCUUCACUUCAUCGAAUAAGGACUGUGACUAUGAGCCUGAUCCUGGGUCAGCCUCCGGCUGCUGAGAGCAUGCUGCUGUUGGAAGGUCCUGAGACAGAGAUGGAAGUCACUGUCAGCGGAGGAGCAGCCAUAUAUUACCAACAGGCCGACAGAGAGAGAGAGCUCCACGCCCAGAGACACCCCGACUGCUCUGUCAGCCAAAACUACACACUCAGCGUCAGUGGUGUCCUCCACUUCACGGGCAGCUGUGAUGGAGGCCUCGACCUCACAGAGAGCUGUGGAGGAACCACGUCCCCGCAGACGGUCCCGGUCCUGUCACAGCUCACAUCAGCGGACAGCUGUGGUGCUGCUGCCACACACACAAGCUCCAGUGACCGUGCACUCACAUCUCUGUCCUCCUCUGCAGGACUCACACCGAGUCCAGCCAAUCAGAGGAUGUGGAGCAUCACCCAGUGAUGGAGCAGCUUGAUCCUCCACCAAGUCCACCCAGUGCAGAGCAUCAGCUGCCCUCCUCUCCACAUGGUGGACUUCUGUGAUGUCAUGCAGAUGGAUCCGUGGACGUGUAGAUAGAUGUACAGAUAGAUGUUUAAAUAAAUAUAUAAACUGAUGUAUGGAUAGAUUUUAAGAUAGAUGUAUAGAUUGAUGUCUUGAGUGAUGUAGAGAUGUAUGUACAGACUGAUAUAUAGAUAGUUGUCUAGAUAGAUUUUAAGAUAUAUGUA